CCGUAAAGUGCAAUGCUCGUUGCUAUUGGAGACGCAAUAUAGGAAGUAAAUUCCACUGUCUGCGAAUCUUGUUUUGGGAACUCGAAAAGAAGGCAGAAAUAUAUCUGUCACGGUAGAUCUGGUCUGCUGUUCCUCAUUUGGAUCCGAUUUUAACCGUCGACCCGUGUGGCUGUAACGCUAACGUUUAACUCCGUUAAUCUAAGCAGGUAUUAAAAGUCAAUGAGUCGCAGUCGCAACCCACCUCCUCGGGGUCAAGGGGCGGCCCGAGCCAAACAGAUGGGGCUGCUCCUUGACCUGUCUCCCGAUGGCGGCAUGGAUGAUGAGGGAAAUGAUGAUGAGCUGGAGGCAGAGUUGCUCAAUCUGGUGGGAGGAAGGAAGGAAGGAAGAGCACAAGGGAAGAAAGGUGAUGGGAGAGCUCCUGUUCCCAUGGCUGAAAUUGAGCGAAUGGCAGCUCUGUGUAUGAAAGAUAUAGAUGAUGACGACAUGGGGGACGAUGAUUUGGAUGAUGAAGAUCUGUUGGCAGAACUGAAUGAUGUUUUGGAGGAUGAUGAGGAGCAUACUCCUGCUCCAACUCCACCUGCCGCUACACCAACAGCUCCUAAAACUAGUGUCGCCUCACACCCCUCACCUCCUGCUGCUCCCAGUGGUGCAACUGGGUUGGAGUCACGGCUCCUCGAGCGUAUUGAAAUGUAUCAGACUGCCAUUUCCAACGCCAAGGCUGCAGGCGAGACUAGCAAAGUUCGAAGAUAUGAACGCGGGCUGAAGACUCUACAGUCCAUGCUAACAUCUGCCAAGAAAGGAAAACCAGUCAGUGAAGAAGAGAUGCCUCCACCUGUUGCUCUCGGCGGAAAGUCGGAUUCCCCAGCCCAGCCUGAAGUGGUUAAAGAACGAGAGGUGCCCAAGCCUGUGCUGGUCCCUCCCCCUCCCACCAAUCAGAAACCUCUGAGGGAAGCUGACCCGACACCUCUGAACACUAAGCCAACGCGUUUGAUCCCUCCCCAAAAGCAAGCUGCUGCCAUGACUCCGGAAACACCUGCUAUCUCUCCCCUCACACCCAGCCAGCCUAAUGCUCAUCACUCAGAGGCGAAACAGGCAGUGUUGACCAGACAGAGGGAUUAUAAGAUGGCUGCCAUACACGCCAAACAGAGCGGUAACAUUGACCAGGCCAAACAGCACUACCUCACUGCCAAGAACUUCGAUGUGAUACUGGAGGCACUGGACCGGGGCGAACCAGUAGACCUGAGCUCACUGCCUCCUCCACCUGGAGACGUAAUAACAGAGCAAAGUGCGCCUCCUCAGUCUUCUUCUAAACCUGACCCCCCUGCUGCUCCUGCUGCUCCUGCUGCUCCUGCUGCUCCUGCGCCCUCCCAGGUGGCCACUGCGGAUCUGCCUGCUCCCAAAAGUUUGGCUGAAGCCCUGCAGCAGAGGUUGGAUAUAUACAAGUCAGCAGCAGAGGGAGCUAAGAGCAAAGGGGACGAUCGCAAGGCCCGGAUGCAUCAGCGCAUUAUGAAGGGCACAGAGGGUGGUCAGCAAAACUUCAUGGGUGUCCUGGAAACAGCAAUGAAAAUAGCAAACCAGGAUGCAGACGCAGAAGAUGAGGAAGAGGAUGGGCACGAAGAAGCUGCCAAGGCUGUGGUGCGUCCACCUGUCCAGAAAGCAAAGUCUCCAGCUCCUCAGGCUCCUGCAGGCUCCUCAACUCCGAAACUGGGAGCUAAAGAGGGUUUGUCCUGCUUCCUCAUUUUUCUGGCAUGGUCUGAGAAGUUACUUGAGGAGACCAUGAAGUACAUAGAGAUUUUAAAGAGCGCCUACACAAAGGGUCAUCCAGUCCCCAAGUGCCGCACCGAGGAGAGAACCUUCAACUCUAUCAAGAUCAACCCCAACCUGACACUCAAUGACCUGAUACUGUACGUCACCCGAGGCAUCAACCUCCCAGCUCCUUCUGGUGUCUCUGCUAAUGAUCUGGAUGCCAGUGUAAAAUUUGAGUUUCCUUUUCCCAGCGCGGAGGAGGCUCAGAGGGACAAAACCAACACAGUAAAGAACACCAGCAGUCCAGAGUUUAAAGAGACUUUCAGACUCAACAUCAACCGCGGCCACAGGGCCUUUAAACGAGUCAUACAAUCCAAGGGAAUCAAGUUUGAAAUCAUCCACAAGGGAGGCCUGUUUAAGAAUGACAAAGUACUGGGAACUGCUCAGCUGAAGCUAGAAGGUCUAGAAAAUCACUGUGAAAUCAGGGAGAUCUUAGAGGUGAUGGAUGGACGUAAAACUACAGGCGGAAAGCUGGAGGUGAGGGUGAAGAUCAGAGAGCCUCUGUCAGGCGUCGAGUUGCAUCCAGUGAAGGAGAAGUGGCUGACUCUCGAACCAGUCUCCACGCCGACAGAGAAACAAAAGGAACGGGUUGUUUGA